UAUUUUAGAAGGCAAAGCUAUGGAGACCGUAAAAAGAUCAGUGGUUGUUGGGGGUUUGGGAGGAGGAAGGGAAGAGUAGGUUGAAUAGGUGGAACCCAGGGGAUUCUUAGGUCAGUAAAAGUAUUCUGUGUGAUAUUACAAUGGUGGAUACAUGUUGUAUUAGUCAGAAUUCUCCAAAGAAGCAGAACCUAUAGAAUACAUGCAUGUGUUUGUAACAGGGAAUUAGCUCUUAUGAUAAUGGAAGCUGAGAAAUCCCACAGUCUGCCAUCUGUAAGCUGGAGACCCCAGAAAGCUAGUGAUAUAAUUCAAUCCUAGUCCAAUGGCCUGAGAACCAGGGGAGGUGGUGAUAUAAAUUCCAGUCUGAGGUCAGGAGAAGAUGAAGUAUCUCACCUCACACCAUGAGGCAGGAAAAAGGGGCAAAUUCUUCCUUCCCCCAGCUCUUGUUCUAUUCAAGCCCUCAACAGACUGGAUGAUGUCCACCCACAUUGGGGGGGGGCAAUCAACUUUACUGAGUCCACCAAUUUCAAUGCUAAUUUCACCUGGAAAUUCCCUCACAAAAUAUACCCAGAAAUAAUUUUUAAUCUGGGUCCCCCAUAGCCAGUUAAGUUGACACAUGAAAGUAAUCAUCACAAGUCGACCCUGUGUCAACAUGACACCCAUAUGCAUCUCCUCAAAUCUUACUUAAUCCCCAAAUAAGACAAUAACAAGGUCUUAAUUCCACUUAAUAUGAUACAACAAUUCUGAGUCCAAUCAAAAUACACUAACCCUAUCCCCAGAAGAGGAGGUAAAUCCUUGUGAUAUAACUUAAAGUACUAUAAUGUAAAAUUAAGAGUACUUACAUAUUAUGAUAUAAAAUCAAUACAACUCAUGUUACAUAAUAAGGGAAUAUGAGAGAGAAAAAACAAAUAGACACUUAACACAAAUAUAUUCAUAGCAAAAAAAAAUGGUGUACUCAUGACAAUUACAGUCCUGGUUUCUGUAAGUGGUCAGUUAUAGCUGGUCUUUGUAACUACUUUCUUAUACCCAUUCUGUAUUCUUUCUAUCUUCAGCAAGCACCUCAGCAGAUCGUGGUUCUUCCCUGGUGGGUGACCAAAUCCUUCCUUCUUGAAUAGUCUGGGUCAUUAGUAGCCCUGCCUAGACUGGGUUGUUGUAGUUUUCCACUGAGCUUAAUCAAAGAACAUGGUAAUACUAAGGGAUGCCUUAAGCGAUCUACUAUAUCCAGAUACACUUUUCCUUACUUCCGUGUGGAAGAGUAGUCCGCAAGUAGUAUCCUUGUAUCAACAAACACUUUCCUUUCCUUCUUUGUCUGUUGAUUCAGAGGCAUGAGGAGCCCAAGGUAGCUGGGUGUUAGUCUUAACUCCCAGUUCUUUGGAAUCAUUGCUGUGUCUCCUGGUAGAAGCAUUUUCCCCUUUGGAACUCAGACCAGCAGAGCAUAAGGUCACAGGAACAAAAAGCAAAAAUUUGAUAGUGGGUCACUAGGGAUAAUACUGAAGAGUUGAAAAUAACUCUUCUCAUUUUUGUCCCUUAAAAUUCCUGGACCCGAGAAUCCUGGCUAUGGAAGAAAGAGGACCAUAUAUUGGACUCCAAUUCAGAGCAUAUACAACCCUCUGGAGAACCUUGCCCUGGGACAAGCAGAGGUACUGUCACAUAGCCAGCCCUGUAACUGAGUCUUCAGAAGGCCAUUCCACCAUUCUAUCCAGCCUGCUGCUUCAGUGUGUCACAUUGAUUGAUUUGUGGAUAUUGAACAAUCCUUGCAUCCCUAGAAUAAAUCCCAGUUGCUCAGAUAGCUGUGACGCUCCUCUGGCGUCUGCCCUGGCCCGGGCUUCCUUCAGCAGCUCCUCAGAGCGGUCCAGCAGCCACGGCCCUGGCUUCGCAAGCCUUAAUCGCAGAGACGGAGCUGGUGGCUGGUCUCCCCUUGUGUCAAAUAAAUACCAGUGGCUGCAGAUUGACCUUGGAGAAAGAAUGGAGGUCACAGCUGUGGCCACCCAGGGAGGAUACGGGAGCUCCGACUGGGUGACCAGCUACCUCCUGAUGUUCAGCGAUGGCGGGAGGAACUGGAAGCAAUAUCGACGAGAGGAAAGCAUCUGGGGUUUCCCAGGAAACACAAAUGCAGACAGCGUGGUGCACUACAGACUCCAGCCUCCCUUCGAAGCCAGAUUCCUGCGCUUCCUCCCCUUAACCUGGAAUCCCAAGGGCAGGAUUGGGAUGAGGAUUGAAGUGUAUGGAUGUGCAUACAGAUCUGAGAUGGUUCAUUUUGAUGGGAAAAGUUCCUUGCUGUACACAUUUAAUCAGAAAUCCAUGAAUCCAACAAAAGAAGUUAUUUCUUUGAAAUUUAAAACCAGAGAGAACAAUGGGAUUCUACUCCACAGAGAAGGACCAAAUGGUAAACAUAUCACCCUGGAGUUAGUUAAAGGAAAACUCAUCUUAUUCCUUAAUUCAGGCGAUGCUAACCUGCCCUCCCCUGAUGCCCUCGUGCUGGGCAGCCUGCUGGACGACCAGCACUGGCAUUCUGUCCUCAUUGAGCUCCUCGAUACAGAUGUCAACUUCACCGUGGACACGCACACUCAUCAUUUUCGGGCAAAGGGAGAGUCCAGCUAUGUGGAUCUUGAUUAUAAGAUCAGCUUCGGAGGUAUUCCUCGACAUAGAAAAUCAGUGGCGUUCCCACAUAAAAACUUUCAUGGCUGCUUUGAAAAUCUCCGUUAUAAUGGGGUGGAUAUCACUGAUUUGUCCAAGAAACACAAACCACAGGUCCUCAUCGUGGGAAAUGUGUCCUUCUCCUGCUCGCACCCUCAAACUGUCCCCAUGACUUUUCUGAGCUCCAGGAGUUACUUGGCUUUGCCAGGCACCCCCGGAGAGGACAAAGUGUCUGCCAUCUUCCAAUUUCGAACGUGGAACAGAGCAGGGCUGUUGCUGACCAGUCAGUUUCAACACAGGUCAGGAGCUUUCAUCCUUGUUCUUAAUGAUGGAAAACUCAAGCUGAGUCUCUCCCAGCCUGGACCUCCAGUAAGGGGUGUCACAGCAGGUGCUGGAUUGAAUGAUGGGCAGUGGCAUUCCGUGUCCUUAUCUGCAAAAGGGAAUCACCUGAGUGUGAUGGUGGAUGGUGAGGCCGCCUCCAUGGCUCAUUCCCUGCGUGGGCAGAUUGAUUCAGGCGACACCUAUUAUUUGGGGGGCUGUCCCGACAACAGCUCUGACCCUGGAUGUGCAAGUCCCCUGGAUGGAUUUCAGGGCUGCCUGAGGCUCAUCUCCAUUGGUGACAAAGCGGUGGAUCCCAUCUCCAUACAGCAGGGGGCGCUGGGGAGUUACCGUGACCUCCAGAUAGACACCUGUGGCCUCACAGACAGGUGUUUGCCCAGCUAUUGUGAACAUGGGAGUGAAUGUUCCCAGUCCUGGGACACCUUCUCCUGCAACUGCGCACACACUGGUUACACCGGUGCAACCUGCCAUUCCUCUCUCUACGAGCAGUCAUGUGAAGCCCACAGGCACAGAGGAAGCUCUUCAGGGCUCUACUAUAUCGACUCAGACGGAAGUGGCCCGCUGGGACCAUCGCUUGUAUAUUGCAACAUGACAGACACUGCAUGGACCUCAGUGCAACACAAUGGCUCCCACUUGGUUAGUGUCAAAAGCUCGAAUGGAGAAAGCCCCCAUCCUGUGUUUUUCAAGUACACAGCCAGCAUGGACCAGCUCCAGGCCAUAACUGACGAUGCGGACCACUGCCAACAGAAGCUGACUUUCCACUGCAAGAAGUCAAGGCUUUCAACUCCCCAUGAUGGAACCCCAGUGAGCUGGUGGGUUGGAAGAACCAAUGAAACACACACUUACUGGGGAGGUUCUCUGCCUGAUGCUCAAAAAUGUACUUGUGGAUUAGAGGGGAACUGCAUUGAUUCUCAAUAUUACUGCAACUGUGAUGCUGACCGGAAUGAAUGGACCAGCAACACAGUAGUCCUUUCCCAUAAGAAGCACUUGCCGGUCACUCAGGUUGUGAUGAGAGACACAGGGCGACCACAUUCUGAAGUGGCUUAUACAUUGGGGCCUCUGCUCUGCUCGGGAGACAAUUCAUUUUGGAAUUCAGCUUCCUUCAAUACUGAGACUUCAUACCUUCAUUUCCCUACGUUCCGAGGAGAGCUUAGCGCUGAUGUGUCUUUCUUUUUUAAGACCACAGCUUUUUCGGGGGUGUUUGUAGAGAACCUGGGGAUCACAGACUUCAUCAGGCUAGAGCUGCGAGCCCCUGCAGAAGUGACCUUUUCCUUUGAUGUGGGGAAUGGGCCUUGUGAGGUCACGGUGCAGUCCCCCACUCCCUUUAACGACAAUAGAUGGCACCAUGUGAGGGCAGAACGGAACGUUAAAGAAGCAUCCCUUCAAGUGGAUCAGCUCCCUAGGGAGACCCAAACUGCCCCAGCUGAUGGGCACGCCCGCUUGCAGCUCAACAGCCAGCUCUUCGUGGGUGGAACAGCAAGCAGACAGAGAGGCUUCCUGGGAUGCAUUCGGUCUCUGAGGUUGAACGGGCUGGCCCUGGAUCUGGAAGAAAGAGCCACAAUGACGCCAGGAGUGGGGCCAGGGUGUCCAGGACACUGUAGCAGCUACGGACACCUGUGUCGCAAUGGAGGGAGGUGUAGAGAAAAACGCAGAGGGAUCGAGUGUGACUGCACCUUCUCUGCGUAUGAUGGGCCAUUCUGCGAGAAUGAAAUUUCUGCCUAUUUUGGAGCUGGCUCCUCAGUGAUUUACGAUUUUCAACAUUACAAUGACACCUUCAGUAAGAACUCUAGCUCCUUUGUGGCUUUAUUUCAUGAGGAUCUGACAUUGAUGGGAGAAACGGCCACACUGAGCUUCCGGACCACAGAGAUGCCCAGCUUACUGCUCUAUGUGAGCUCCUUCUAUGAGGAAUACCUUUCAGUUAUCCUUGCCCCGAAUGGAAGUUUACAAAUCAGGUAUAAGCUAAACAGACACCGAGAACCUGAUGUUUUUAACUUUGGUUUUAAAAACCUGGCUGAUGGACAGCUUCACCAGGUGAAGAUUAACAGAGAAGCAGCAGUGGUCUUUGUCGAGGUUAACCAGAAUGCAAGGAGACAAGUCAUCCUGUCUUCAGGGACAGAAUUCAAUGCUGUCAAAUCCCUCACGUUGGGGACAAUUUUAGGGCCUCCCGGCGCGGACCGCGACACGCUGCGGGCUGGCGCGCACGGCUUCACCGGCUGCCUCUCGGCAGUGCGCUUCGGUCCCGCCGCCCCGCUGAAGGCGGCGCUGCGCCCGGGCGAGCCCGCCCGGGUCACUGUCCGCGGACACGUGGCCGCCGCGUCCCGCUGCGCGGAGGGGGCGGGGCCCGGAGCUCCAGCGCGGGAGGCGACCCGACCGCUCGCAGGCGGCGCAGGUCGUUCUGGAGCAACAGAUGAGGGAGAGCCCUUAGUUAAUGCGGACAGAAGUGACUCCGCGGUCAUUGGAGGUGUGAUAGCAAUUGUGAUAUUUAUCUUGCUCUGCAUCACUGCCAUUGCUGUACGCAUUUAUCAACAGAGAUGGCUAUAUGAAAAAAAUGAGUCGAAUAUUCCAAAAACUGGAGACAAUGCUGAGACUGCUCUGAAAAGUGAGCUCAACAUGCAAAGUACAGUCAGUGAAAGCCAGAAAGAGUAUUUCUUCUGAUCAGCAGUGGUCGUUUACUUAUUUCUAUGAUGAUGUGACCGUCUUGCUAAGCCACAGGCUCGCAGUGGCUGAAGCCCCCCUCUUGGCCUCCUGGGACAGACGGUAGGUGUGCAGCGCCAUCAACUUGCUCACGCAUGGUCCCUGGAGGCUCUGCUCAGUGCUCCUUCUUGAUCUACUUACGUAACAGUGACUUAGGUGUGCUCAUUAAUCACUGUUUGGCAGUUUCUGACUGUUCUGACUUUAUCUCUAAAAUUGAAAUGUAUUUUGCAUAAUUACUUUGGGUUUUAAGUGAGAGUAAGAAUUUGAGCUGUGGCCCUACUCUUAAAAAUUCAACACGGAAGUUUAUGAAAGUCAAAGUUGGACUCUGAUGUUUUGUGUUACAUGGAAACCUACAUUAUGCUUCCUUUACCAAUCACCUACUGACAUUUAUAAACCAGGAAGUGCUUCUCGGAUGGCCUUCAGCUGCAUUCCCAUAUUCCUGUGAACCAGAGCCCAGUGGCCAAAAAUGCAUUAGAAACCUGAAAAACAUUUUUUUGGCUGAUUGUUUUUACUAUUUGUCUCUUUUAAAUCAGUUUUGAUGCAUUUUAGUGAUGAAAUGAGUGUUGAAUGUCAGCUAUGAAAUUCUGCUAGUAAGUUCAGAUACGGAACAGAGAAUUCAUAGGUAGAAAAAUGUGUAAAUGAUUUCAAUCUGUGAUAAUUUGCUUAUCUUUCUUUGUAAUUUGUCAUUAUACUCUUUGUAAAUUGUAAUAACGAUCACCUAAUGAGCUCACAAAAAAUGUAUAUUUUCUAACUAAACUUGUGCCCAUAUAUAAACUCUAUGUUUAACAUUGGAAAUGUAUCCUCCAUCCACAUCUGAAUGAAAUAUAAUCCUAAAUUUAUUUCCUUUAUAUAUGAGGUGAUUAAGUCACUUCACUUUUCUUUGUAGUCCUGUGAUUUUUUUUUUCUGAAGGUUAUGUGAGCAACCCUUUGAUUUCCUGUGACUCUCUGGCCAUUUAUUAGGGAAGAAGUCACAUUUUGAACCAAAUAUCUUCAUUUUCCUUUCUAAAUUUUGAGCCGAUCUAGGAAAAACAUUCCCUGAGUUAUCCUCUCACCUUGUUACUACUUGGAAUAUCAGCGGAAGGAUGCUUAUGUUAAGGGAAGAUACAGGUUAUAUGAUUUGAACUAAAUUUGUCAUUCCAGUCAAGAUUCUAGGAUCUUGAGAUACGUUUCCAAUAGAGCACCUAAAAUCAACUAGUUCAUUUUAAGGGUAUAUUUGAAUACUAGGAGAGCAAAAAAUUCAUAUUAACUCUGGGGAUUGAUCCAAUAACUACUUUUGUGGCAGUGGUCAUUAGAUAAUUGCAUGGAGUCACCAUUUGUGCUGAAAACCCAGUUAUAUUAAAAAUGCACUGCCUUCUCUAUGUCCCACCUGCCAUGUGGCUGCCAGGUACUUUGACCACAAUAAGACUAUCUGGAUUUAUAUGCA